AUGAUAACUUUCUUUUUGUUUGUAGUGGGUGUUUGUGCGCUUCUAUUUGUGGUUUUUAUCGCAAUAAUCUACAUUAGAGGUGCAGCGAGAAAAAGCAAGAACCAUGCUUCUGCCCUAAGGCCCAGGAGAUCAAAGUCCACCAUUUUUACCCUCCAAAACUGGGAAGUUCUUCCGGAGCAGGUUGUAUUCGGGAAAGAGAUUGGUCGCGGGGCAUUUGGUAAAGUACUAAAAGGCACCUUCAGAGAAUCACCUGGAAUGGAGGUGUUCAUCAACCCUAAAAAUGAGACAGUUUACUUCAAACCGGAAGAAACAGUGGCCAUUAAACUCCUGGGAGACAACACAGGCGACGAGGCGCGCAACCAAUUUUUGGAAGAAAUUGAACUUAUGAAAGCAAUCGGUACACAUCCGAAUGUUGUUCGAAUGCUGGGAUGCUGGGUACAUUCAGAUCCUAUCUUUCUCCUAUUGGAAUAUGUUCCUUACGGGGAUUUGUUGCACUGGCUCAGAAGUAAGAGAAUACUGAUGCUACAUGUAUCAAGUUUACCAUGCCACGAAGUAGGUCUGUACUGUUCAUUUGGUGUUACGUUUAAGUUUUCUGACGAACAUUAUUUUUUCAGAUGGUCUUUUGGAAUUCUCCUCUGGGAGCUUUCUACGAUGGGAGGAAAUCCUUACCCAGGAGUCAAUAACAAAGAGUUGUACAAUCUUCUCAAGACUGGAUAUCGAAUGGAAAAACCGGACACCUGUUCUGAUACAUUAUACCAUCUAAUGUUAGAUUUUUGGAGAGAGGAACCCAGUGAGAGACCGACUUUUGAAAACUCCACGAGGUUAUUGGAGGAAAUGAUGCAAGAGGACACUCCUUAUUUGGAUUUUGAGUCACUUGAUGAAUCAAAGGAGUAUUACUGCAAAAUAGAAAAGCUUUCUGAUGAUGAAGUUACCGCUUAAAUCUGGAAUGACCUCUUAAGGAGAAUAGAGACAACCUCAGCUGUAGAAAUCAGCAUCAAUGUGUGCAAGCUGGAAACAACAAAGCGAUGGCUUUAGCGGCGAACGAAUAACCACUUUUCAUUGUACUUAAGAGAAAAAUGAUAUUCACGGUCAACGUUUUUGACGACGAACGCUUAUAAUUCGGCUAAUUCUUAACCCCAUUGGGACACUCACAGUAGCUCAAGGGGUUUACCCUUGUCAGAGAAGACGCAGAGAGAGAGUGUUUUAAAUUAUCUAAAACAAAAUUGCUCUGUCCUUAUGUGUACUCAUUAAUUUAAAUAUAAUUUUUCCUGCACAUACUAUUUGAGAGUGGCAUUCUCUGUACAGAACAAUUUAUGGUAAUGCAAGCUCUCAUUGUAAAAAAAAAAGCUGGGCUUUUUGUAGAGAGACAGACGACGCUUUCUUAUGAUUCACCGAGGGUUUAUCUCUCGAUUGCGCAUGAGUCUCUAGGGUAAUUAUUUUUACAUAAUUUCAGCUUUGUUAAAGCUUUUUUCUUAGCUGUAUUUUCCCACCGACAUAUGAAGCAAGGACAUGAGUUAGACCAAAACUGCGAAACUAUUGAGACCAAAAGAGAACCGGAAGCUGGUCUGGGAUUCUGAAAAAAACAUAAUCCAGACGGGGCCGUAAAUAAAGAACGAAAACCUCAAACUUGUCCAACAGGCACUUAACCCAUGGUAGUGCGUGCUGCUUAAUUGGGGACCUUAAUUGGGUAAACAAAGCUUAGGUCACGGUACUGGCCGGCCUGGCUCCGUGCGCCUUAGCCAGAGUUCAGGUUCCGCUGACGCGCGAAAAGGAGAUUAAAAGUGAAUGUAAAUUACAUCCUCCACAGUACAGUAUAUGUGAGACCCCUGAUAAUAAAAAAAUAACUAGGCUCCUUGUACUGUUGCA